AAGAUUUCUUAUUGUCUGCCAUAUCUGUCAAGAUGUUCAAGUCAUUAACAACGCGUGCCGCCAGGCAAUACACAGCAUCAGUCAUUGGCCGCCGCUAUGCAUCAACGCCCACCGCAUUCGAUUGGAAGGAUCCGCUCAACUCGGCCAUAAAUUUCACAGAGGAAGAGCUUGCGAUUGCAGAGACUGCAGAGUCAUAUUGCCAAGAGCGGAUGCUUCCUAGAGUACUUGAGGCAUAUCGAAAUGAAGACUACGAUAGGAAGAUCUUAGAAGAGAUGGGCGAGCUUGGCCUGCUUGGGGCCACAAUAAAAGGAUAUGGGUGCGCUGGCGUGUCCUCGGUAGCUUCUGGCUUGAUCACGCGUGCCGUAGAAAGAGUCGACUCUGGAUACCGAUCAGGAAUGAGCGUGCAAUCGUCACUGGCUAUGGGCGGUAUCGAAGAAUUUGGCACGCAGGAACAGAAGGACAUGUUCUUGCCCGAGAUGGCCAGGGGCAAGAUGUUGGGCUGCUUUGGCCUGACAGAGCCCAACCACGGCUCAGAUCCUGGAAGCAUGGAAAGUGUGGCGAAGCCGCAUCCAACCAAGGAAGGAUACUACAGCUUGUCGGGUGCAAAGACUUGGAUCACCAACUCACCGAUUGCAGAUGUAUUCCUUGUCUGGGCGAAGCUGCAGGAGACUGGCAAGAUUCGAGGCUUUACGAUCAAACGAUCAGACUGUCCACCUGGUACCUUGGAGACUCCUCCUUUGAAGCACAAGAAUGGUCUUCGAGCAUCGAUCACCGGUAUGAUCCAGAUGGAUGAUCUGCCAGUGCCGAAGGAGAUGAUGUUCCCAGAAGUUGAGGGCUUGCGAGGACCAUUUUCCUGCUUGAACAGUGCACGAUAUGGUAUUGCGUGGGGUGUUAUGGGUGCACUAGAAGACUGCAUUGCUCGAGCACGAGAAUAUGCUCUCGAGCGGAAGCAGUUUAAGGGCAAUCCUAUCGCAAAAUAUCAGCUUGUGCAGAAGAAGCUCGCAGAUGCCACAACUGAUGCCGCAUACGGCAUUCUCGCAGCAUAUCAGGUCGGUAGACUGAAGGACGAGGGCAAGGCCGCACCAGAGAUGAUCUCUAUGAUCAAGCGACAGAAUUGUGAUCGAGCACUUAUCGGAGCACGAAAUCUGCAGGAAAUAUUUGGCGGCAACGCUGCUUCAGAUGAGUACCAUAUUGGACGACAUGUUUCCAAUCUGUUCGUGACACAGACGUACGAGGGACAAAGUGAUAUUCACUCAUUGAUUCUAGGUCGGGCUAUUACCGGCAUUCAAGCCUUUGUUUAGAACCGUCGGACGUUUCGGCCAGGUCUCACUUGGCAGGCUUCCGUCAUCAUGCAGCAUUGUUCGUGCUUGGUGGUUUAUACAAAAUAGGAGAGGGCUGCAGACAGACCUUAUACAGUACUGUCGGGAGGCAAAUUCGCGGACAGGCAAGCGACCACAGCGGUGUGUUCCAGCCGCAGAGGCUCUAACUAGUGUAUGUUGCAUCGAAAGGAGGCUGUGGUUGCCGCGCGCCUGCAGCAGAGUCGAAGACUCGAAGUCUAAAAGCGCAACCCUGCAUUGCAUUUGGCCGCUGAGAAUAUGUCGUGGAACCGGACCGCCACCUGAUGUGUUGCCAUUCCUGUCCAUGUCCCUUGUUCUCUACACUUCCAACCCGCUUCUAAAGAUUCUCCUUCACUGAAACAAGAACAUUUUUAACUC